UGCGCAUAUCGGUUCCUUUGUAAAUAGAUAAUAUUUUACAUACAGUGUUUAUUAAUAUCCAUAUGAUAACUUUUCGUAAACAUUGGUCUGUGUGCAGUCUAUAUUCGCAUUUUAGACGCAACUGAUGCUAUUCACGAGGCACGUACUCACGAAGGCCAUCGCAAACGAAAACAAUAAAUCCCAGAAUGCAUCAUUAUCACGGAGUUGUGUAAGUUCCAGCAAAGACAGUCUUCUAGUAGAAACACUUCAUGGACGCAGGCGACCGAAAGGGGGUAAACACCAUUUUUUUGUGUUUAUUACAAAAAGUGUAUCAUAUACUUUUUGGGGUAUUUGAGAAGUAAAAUAAGCGGCUUUUGUUCCUGAAAUAUUGAAAGCUAAAUCUGUUUAACCAGGACCUCAGAAAGCCAGAAAGAUAUAAGAGGGCCUAUUAAAUAUGUCCUCCUCCCAGUCGUCUUCAAGGCGGCAGUGGUGUUGUUACCUUUGCGAUUUGCCUAAGAUGCCAUGGGCUAUGAUCUGGGACUUUAGCGAGACUGUCUGCCGAGGCUGUGUGAAUUAUGAAGGGGCGGACCGUAUUGAAUUCCUCAUAGAAACGGCCAGGCAUUUGAAAAUAACUCAUGGUAUGCAGGGUGACAGGUCUCCGGGUCCCCAGCCCACCAAACAUGGCCCAGGUGGUAGAGAUGGACCUAUGGAGGGUGGUAGGCCACCUCCUGAACGCUUUGAAAGGGGAAGAGGGGACUACGGAGCCCCAGCACGGCUCCCCAACGGUCUGCACAGAAUAGAUGACGGGGGCCCACAACAAGAUGUCAGUGGACAGAGCCCUAACAACGCCAGACGACCCAUGGUGUGUACCGUUCCACCCAAUUUAAUGACACAAGGCCUUGUGGGGGCUCCGCACGGGUUGCUAGCAGCUGUGCCCGGUUUAAAUACCAGAGUCGGGGGAACCCCCCUCACCCUCUCUGCCCCCAUGUUGAACGAGAUCACCAAGAGGCAGCUGAGCAUGGGCAUGGGUGUGCCCUCCUUCCUGAGCCCUGAGUUUGAGAAGGAGCUGAGGGAGAAGCAGAGGAACGCAGAGGCUCUGGCCGAGCUGUCAGAGAGUGUACGGAACCGAGCAGACGACUGGGCCGGCCGACCCAAGGCUGUACGAGGGGCCCUGCUCACCCUCUCCGGCUGCACCCCCUUCAAUGUGCGCUUCAAGAAGGACCACAGCCUGGUGGGACGGAUCUUUGCCUUCGACGCCAAGCUGACGCUGGACUUUGAGCUGAAGAUCUUUGCGGAGUACCCGUGCGGCUCGGGGUAUAUGUUCUCCAGCCUGGCGGCGCUGGUCAAGCAGAUGUUCCACGACAGCCAGAAAGACUCUGGGAACAAGGUGAUCAACUUGGGCCUGAAGUAUGUGGAGUACGAGAAAAGGCAUGGCGCGGGGGACUGGCGGCUGCUCUCUGAGCUGCUGAGUGAUUCGGUACGGGCUUUUAAGGACACCCCCGGCCCUGACGUUCUCCCCCAGCCCUACCUGGACACCAGCUGCUCCAUGCUGCCCACAGCGCUGUGUCACAUGGCCCGCUCGGCACCGCCAGCCCGCGUGCGCCGGAGGAAGACUUCCCCGGAGCCCCAGGGUGGAGAGGUAGUGACCACAGAGGAGCAGCUCCGGCAGCACUGGCCCAUGGGGAUGUACCCGGGCAUGGCUAUCCACCUAGCUGCCUCCUCCCUACCCAGCGGAAGCCAGCCACCUCCUCACCAGGAGGGCUCGGCCUCCCACUCCCACAGCAGCGACCCCUCCCCCAUCACAGCACUGAUGAGCGUGGCUGACAACGCGGGUGCAGCCGCUGGCCAGUCACCCAGAGAAGCCCCUAGCAGUAGUGGUGGUGGAGGCCUGGGCCACUCCUCCUUGGCAGUGAGACAAAGCAGCAGCAGCCCCAUGGCAGCCUGCCCUGCAGGGCAGCAGCGCCACCUGGCCUCCAGGAACGGGGAACCCCAGGGAGCUAGCAACUCUACAGGGGGCACCACGGCAGCCCUCCCCCUGGCUGGUGCCUCGGACCAGGGAGCAGGGGACCCCUCCGGCUCCUCUGGUCCCCCUCUCUGCUGCACCAUCUGCCAUGAGCGCUUGGAGGACACUCACUUUGUCCAGUGCCCGUCUGUUGCGGUCCAUAAAUUCUGCUUCCCUUGCACCAGAGACUUCAUCCGGAGCCAGGGGGCCGGCAUCGAGAUGUUCUGCCCCAGUGGAGAGAGGUGUCCCCUGGUGGGCUCCAACGUGCCCUGGGCCUUCAUGCAGGGAGAGGUCGCUACCAUCCUGGCUGGAGACGUCAAGGUGAAGAAGGAGCGCGACCCCUAAAUCCUCUGGGACACCUGACUAAGGCUGUUGAUGCCUGAGUGGAGCAGCAGCCUGGUGCCUGCAGAUAACGACAAUCUCAACAGGUUCUCGCCACCUCACAGCCAAUCACCACGGCAAUCCACCAGGUUUUCCCCACCUCACAGCCAAUCACCGUGACAAUCCACCAGGUUCUCCCCACCUCACAGCUAACCACCAUGACAAUCCACCAGGUUCUCCCCACCUCGCAGCCAGUCAUCAUACAUCUCUACCUCCAUGGGGCAGGCCUUACACUAUCACACCACUGUCUGGUUGGUUAGGGGGGGACCAUACCCCCAGCCCUUGCUCACCUCUAAUACCUAAUUCACCCCUUUGUCCCUCAAACAUCAACUUAUUAGUAUUGGUCACUAGUAUUAGUCACUGACUUUAUAAACCAGUGGACCAUGGUUGGGAAGUAUGCACUUCAUCUAGGGCUUCCGAGUGGCGCAGCGGUCUAAGGCACUGCAUCUCAGUGCUAGAGGCAUCACUACAAACCCUGGUUCGAUUCCAGGCUGUAUCACAACCGGCCGUG